AUGAAUAGACGACUUGUGCAAAUGUUUAGCAAAUAAUUCGGCUAAGUACCAAAAUUCUUUGCCUCGAAUGAACAGCCAAUUAUUUUGAGAAAUGAGAAGUCAGGCUAUUAUGUGAAUCCAGAAGCUGUUGCUCGUCGAAUGAUAAAGGUGAUUAGUUUGCACGACGACGUAAAGAAUCCCUCUGCAAUCACUUUGCAAUCCACAUGGACUGACAUCGGUUUGUCAGACAUGGCUUACGUAGAAGUUAUGGUUGAGGUUGAGAGAGAGUUUGAAAUAGAAUUUCCAGACACUGAUGUGGAGUGUUUCAGAACAGUCAAUGAUGCAGUAGAGUAUGUGGCAAGGAGCUUCUUCGCUGUUUGAUUUAAAAGCACAUAAAAUAAAAUAAAACACAAUGCUAAUAUUGUUAAUAAUUGGUGU